CAACCUCCUAAAGACAUGGUGGGAGAGAUGAUGGGCUAUCAGCUGCAGUACAGACGCCAAGAAGACACGGUAGAUAUUUCACCAUCCUGUACUCAUGAAGCAUCUCCGAGUGCUGAACUAGGAUCAGUUUAGCCUCAUAAUGAAUAUGAUAACGUGGAUAAGGGAUAAGGGGGGGGACCUGAUCCUGGAUCAGAACACCUACGCUGAGACGGGCCCAGGACCACUUUGGAAAUAAGUGUUUAAAAGGGGGAAGUUCCAGAUUUGAACUUGAUGUUAUGGUUCCAACUUCCUUCCCCUUUAAUUACUGCUUUCAGUACUAUUCUCUGAGAUCAAAUGCACACGAUAUUGAUAUAUGUAUUAUUUAUUACCCCAAAAUAAAAUACACUUUAAUUGAAUCCAGGCGUACACCUCGAGGGAGUUCAAACGUACGGACGACCACCACACCGUCACCAAUCUGCACAAGGGUGCCACCUACGUGUUCCGGCUGAGUGCACUUAACCGGGCCGGUAUCGGAGAGGCCUAUGUCAAGGAGAUCAGCACGCAGGAAGACGUGCCCAGCGGGUACCCCUUAAACAUCCGUGUGACAGGGUGCGUACCUGUGUCUGUGUGUGUGUGUGUGUGUCUGUGUCUGUGUCUGUGUGUGUGUGUGUCGGUGUCUGUGUCUGUUUGUGUCUGUGUCUGUUUGUGUCUGUGUCUUUCAUUAGGGUCAGCCUGGCUGUGUAUAGGAUAAGGUACUGCUCUGUUUCAGUCAUUGUGGUCAGCCUGGCUGUGUAUAGGAUAAGGUACUGCUCUGUUUCAGUCAUUAUGGUCCCGGCUGGUAUAGGAUCGGUACUCGCUCUGUUUCAGUCAUGAUGUCAGCUGGCUGGGUAUGGAGGCAGGUACUCGCUCUGGUUCCAGUCAUUAUGGUUCAGCCUGGCUGGGUUAUAGGAUAAGGUUACUGCCUCGGUCAGUCAUUAUGGUCACCUAGCUUGAAGGAGAGGUCUGCUCUGUUUCAGUCUUUUUUGGUCGGCUCGGUAUAGGAAAAGGACGCCUGUUUCGGUCUUUAUGGUCACCUCUGUGUAUGGGAGAAGUCUGCUCUUUUUUCAUCUUAUGUCCCUGGUUUGUGUAGGAAAGGUCUGCUCUGUUUCUCUUAUGGUCACCUGGCUGUGUAAGAAAGGUACUGCCUGUUUCAGCCCCUUUGGGUCCCGGGCGUGUGGAGAAAAGGUACGCUCUGUUUUCAUCUUGGGUCACCCGGCUUGUAUGGAAAAGGUACUGCUCUUUUUCAGUCUUUUGGGUCGGCUACGUGUAUGGAGAAGUCUGCUCUUUUUCAGUCAUUUUGGACCUACGGGGAAGGAGAGGUCUGCUCUUUCAGUCUUUAAAAGGGGUCAGCCUAGCGGGGUAUUGAGAAGGUACUGCUCUUUUUCAUCAUUUUUUGGGUCAGCCUAGCUGGUAUAGAAAGGUACUGCUCUGUUUCAGUCAUUAUGGUCGGCUACGGAAAGGAAAGGUAUUUGCCUUUUUUCAGUCUUAUGGUCACCACGGGUAAGGAAAGGUACUGCUCGUUUCAGAUUUUAGGGUCAGCCUAUUUGUUAUAGGAGAAGAAACUGCUCUUUUUCAUUCAUUAUGGUCCCUAGCUGUGUUGGGAGGGUCUGCUCUUUUUAAAGUCAUUAUGGCCCUAGCUUUUGGGAGAAGGUACUCUCUUUUUUCGUCAUUAUGGUCACCUAGCUUGAAAUGGGAGAAGGUACUGCUUUUUUCAGUCAUUAGGGUCAGCCUGGCUGUGUAUAGAGAACGUGUCUCUGUUUCAUCAUUAUGGUCACCUAGCGUGUAUGGGAAAGGGUACUGCCUGUUUCAUCAUUAUGGUCAGUCUAGUGUGUAUAGGAGAGGUACUCUCUGUUUCAGUCUUUUGGUCACCUGGCUGUGAAAGGGAGAACGGGUGCUCUGUUUCAGCCCAUUGGGGUCUCCUAGCUUUUAAAGGGAGAAGGUAUUUCCGUUUCCCAUCUAUGGUCGGGCUAGCGUGUAUAGGAAAGGUAUUUCCGUUUCAGUCAUUAUGGUCACCAGCUGUGUAUAGGAAGGUACUCUCUUUUUUCAGUCUUUGGGUCACCGGGUUUGGGGAUAGAGAAGGACUGUUCUGUUUCAGUCUUUUAUGGUCGCCUAGCUGGUAUGGGGAAAAGGUACUGCUCUGUUUAAGUCUUUUGGGUCACCUGGCUGGUAUAGGAAAGGACUGCCUUUCGUCUUAUGGUCACCGGGCUGUUUUGGGGAAAAGGGGUACGCUCUUUUUUCGUAUUAUGGUCAGCCGCGGGUAUGGAGAAGGGUACUGCCUUUUUCGUCAUUAGGGGCAGCCGGCUGUUAUGGAGAAGGUACUGCCUGUUUCAUCUUAGGGCAGCCGGCUGUAUAGAGAAGGUACUGCUCUUUUCCUUAGGGGUCAGCCGGGGGUGUUAGGAAAGGUACUUGCUCUUUUUUGUCAUUAGGUCACCUGGCGUUGGGGAGAGGUACUGCUCUGUUUCAGUCUUAGGCACCUCUGGGUAUAGGAAAAGGGGUACGCUCUGUUUCAUAAAGGCCAGCCUCUUUUAUAGGAAGGGUUGCUCUUUUUAAAAGUCUUAGUAAGCCUGGCUGUGUAGGGGAAAAGGGUACGCUCUUUUUUCAGUCAUUUGGUAGCCGGGCUGUGUGGAGGAAAAGGCGCCGGUUUCAGUCAUUGGGGCCGCCACGUAUGGAAAAGGUUGCUUUUUUCAGUCUUUUGGGUCAGCCUACUUUAUAGGAGAAGGUACUGCUCUUUCAGUCUUAGGGGGCCUAUUUUGGUAAGGAGGGGUACGCUUUUUUCGGGAUUAUGGUCACCGGGCUGGUAAGGAAAGGUAUGCUCUUUUUCAGUCAUUUGGUCGCCUAGCUGGGUAUGGGAGAAUUUACUGCUCUGUUUCGCAUUUUGGUCGCCUAGCUGGGAUAGGAAAGGGAUGCUCUGUUUCAGGCUUUUGGUCGCCUGCUGUUUUGGAUAAGGUCUGCUCUGUUCAGUAUUAGGUCACCUAGCGGGUAUAGGAAAAGGGUAUGCCUGUUUCAUCAUUAUGGUCAGCCUAGCGGUAUAGGAAAGGUCCUGCUCUGUUUCAGUCAUUAUGUCACCCUAGCUGUGUAUAGAAAAGGUACUGCCUUUUCAGUCUUUAUGGUCACCGGGCUGUGUAUGGGAAAAGGUCCCGCCUUUUUCAGUCUUUUGGGUCCCGGCUGUGGGAGAAAGUCUGCUCUGUUUCUCUUAUGGUCCCUGGCGGGGAAUAGGAAAGUUGCUCUUUUUCAUCUUAGGGUCAGCCUACGUGUAUAGGAAAGGUACGCUCGUUUCAGUCAUUAUGUCAGGCACUGUGAAAAGGAAAGGUACUGCUCUGUUCACUUAGGUCACCUGGCGUGUAUGGGAAACGUAGUGCUCUGUUUCAGUCAUUAUGGUCAGCCUAGCUGUGUAUAGGAGAAGGUACUGCUCUGUUUCAGUCAUUAUGGUCAGGCUAGCUGUGUAUAGGAGAAGGUACUGCUCUGUUUCAGUCUUUAUGGCAGCCUACUGUUUAAGGAGAAGGUACUGCCUUUUAGUCAUUAGUCACCUGCUGUGAAAAGGAGAAGGUCUGUCUGUUUCAGUCUUUUUGUCACCCUAGCGGGAAAAGGAAAGGUCUGCUCCUGUUCGUCAUUAUGGUCAGCCUGGCUGGUAUAGGGAAGGUACUGCUCUGUUUCAGCAUUAGGGUCAGCCUGCUUUUGGGGGAAGAAGGUCUGCUCUGUUUCAGUCAUUAUGGUCACCUGGCGUGAUGGGAAAAGGGUCUGCCUGUUUCUCUUAUGGUCACCGGGGGCUGGGGGGAAAGGACUGCUCGGUUUCAGUCUUUAGGUCCCGGCUGUGUAUAGAAAGGGUACUGCUCUGUUUCAGUCUUUAUGGUCGCCUGGCUGUGGGGGGGGAAAGGGUACUGCUCUUUUCAGUCUUUGGUCCCCUGGCUGUUUUAAAGGAGAAGGUACUGCUCUUUUUCAGUCUUAUGGUCGCUAGCCUGGUAUGGGAAAGGUACUGCUCUGUUUCAGUAUAUGGUCGCCUGCGGGGUAUGGGAGAAGGUCCUCUGUUUCAUCUUAGGGUUCGCCUACGGGGUAUAGGGAAAGGUCUGCUUUUUUUCAGUCAUUUGGUCAGCCUACUGUGUAUAGGAAAGGUCUGCUCUUUUUUCAGUCUUUUGGUCAGGCUAGCUGGGUUAGAAAAGGUACUGCCUGUUUCAUCUUAUGGUACCUCGGGGUAUAGGAAAGGUACUGCUCUUUUUCAUCUUUAGGGUCAGCCUAGCUGUUAUGGGAAAGGUACUGCCUGUUUCAGUCAUUAUGGCCCGCCAUUUUUAUAGGAAAGGUUCUCUGUUUCUCCAUUUGGUCACCUAGCUUUAUAGGAAAUUUACUGCUCUGUUUCAGUCAUUGGUCGCCUACUGUGUAUGGAGAAGGUAUGCUCGUUUCAGUAAAUUUGGUCACCCUGGCUUUUAUGGGAAAACUAGUCUCUGUUUCGUCAUUAUGGCAGCCUAGCUGUGUUGGAAAGGUACUGCUUUUUUUUUCAGUCAUUAUGGUCAGGCAGCUGUGUAAGGGAAGGUACGCCUGUUUCGUCAUUAUGGCACCUGCUGUUAUGGAGAACGUGUCUCUGUUUCUCUUUAUGGUCGCCUACUGUGUAUAGGAGAAGUACUGCCUGUUUCAGUCAUUAUGGCAGGCUGCUGUGUUAAGGAGAAGGUCUGCUCUUUUUUCAGUCAAUGUCACCUAGCUUGUAUAGAGAAGGUACGUCUGUUUUCAGUCAUUAUGGUCAGCCGGGCUGUGGAGAAGGUACUUUCGUUUCAGUCUUUUAUGGCAGCCUACGGGGUAUGGAAAAGGUACUGCUCGUUUCAGUCUUUAUGGUCACCUGGCUUUUAAAGGGGAAAGGUUGCUCGUUUCAUCAUUAUGGUCACCCUGGCGUUAUAGGAAAGGACGCUCUGUUCGUCAUUUGGUCCCAGCGGUUUUAUAGGAAAAGGUACUGCUCUGUUUCAGUCAUUAUGGUCAGCCUGGCUGUGUAUAAAAAGGGGACUGCUCUGUUUCGUCUUAGGUCAGCCGGCUGGUAUGGGAAAGGUACUCUCUUUUUCAGCUUUAUGGUCACCUGCUGUUAGGAGAAGGUACUGCUCUUUUUCAUCUUAUGGCAGCCUGCUGUUGGGGGGGAAGGUACUGCUCUGUUCAUCUUUAUGGUCAGCCUAGCGUGUAAGAGAAGUCUGCUCUGUUUCAGUCAUUGGGGUCGCCUACGUGAAGGGAGAAGGUCUGCUCUGUUUCAUCAUUUGGUAGCCGGGCGGUUGGGAAAAGGGUCGCUCUUUUUUCAUCAUUAUGGGAGCCGGCUGUGUGGGGGAAAAGGGUCUGCCUGUUCAUCAUUAUGGUCACCUAGCUGUAGGGAGGAGAAGGUCUGCCUUUUUCACAUUGGGGUCACCCUGUGUAUAGGAGGUACUGCUCUGUUUCAGUCAUUUUAGGGUCGGCUUCUGUGUAUGGAAAGGGUAUGCCUUUCAUCAUUAUGGUCAGCCGGCGUUAUGGGGAGAAGGUCUGCCUGUUUUCAGUCAUUUUUGUCCCCUAGGGGGAUAGGAAAAGGUAGGGGCUCUGUUUCAGUCAUAGGGUCGCCUACGGGGUAAGGAAAGGUACUGCCUUUUUCAGUCAUUAUGGUCACCUAGCUGUGUAUGGAAAAGGGUAGGCUCUGUUUUCAGUCUUAUGGUCCCUGCGGGGUAUAGGGAAAGGUACUGCUCUGUUUAGUUUUUUGGGUCAGCCUACUGUGUUAGGAAAGGGUACUGCUCUUUUUUCAGAUUAUGGUCAGCCUAGCUGUUAGGAGAAGGUACUGCUCUUUUUCAGUCAUUAGGGUCCCGGGCUGUGUUAGGAGGGGGGCGCUGUUUCAUCAUUAUGGUCAGCCGGGCUGUGUGGAGGAAAAGGGUACUGCUCUUUUUCGCUUAUGGCCCCCUGGCUGUGUAUAGGAGAACAGUGCUCUGUUUCAGCUUAUGUCAGCCUGCGUGAUGGAAAGGGUACGCUCUGUUUCAGUCAUUAGGGUCAGGCUGCUUGUGGGGAAAGGCUCCUUUUUCCCGUCAUUAUGGCCCCUGGUUUUUAAAGGAGAACUAGUGUCGGUUUCAGUCUUUAGGGUCACCCAGCGUGUAUGGAAAUUUACUGCUCUUUUUUCAUUAGGUGGGGCGGCUGUGUAUAGGGGGGAAGGGGGGUACUGCCUUUUCGUCAUUAUGGUCAGCCUAGCUGUGAAAGGGGAAAGUACGCUCUGUUUCAUCAUUAGGUCGCCUGGCUGUUUUGGGAAAGGUCUGCCGUUUCAUCAUUAUGGUCAGCCGCUGGUAUGGGAAAAAGGUACGCCGUUUCGUCUUUAGGUCACCGGCGUGUAAAAAGGUAUUGCUCUGUUUCAGUCAUUAUGGUCAGCCUGGCUGUAGGGGAGAAGGUCUCCCUUUUUUUCAGUCAUUAGGGUCACCCACUGGUAUAUAAAAGGAUUUCUCUUUUUCAUCAUUAUGGUCGCCUCUUGUUAGGAAAGGUACGCUCGUUUCAUCUUUAUGGCAGCCACUUGUAAAAAAAAAGGUCUGCCUUUUCAGUCUUUUGGGUCACCCGGCUGUGUAUAGGAGAAGGGUCUGCUCUUUUUUCAGUCAUUAGGUCACCUGGCUUGGGGAGGAGAAGGUAUUUCCUGUUUCGUCUUAUGGUCGCCUGGUUUUGUAAAGAACUAGUCUCUGUUUCAGUCUUUAGGUCAGCCUGCGUGAAGGAAAGGUACUGCUCUUUUUCGUCAUUAUGUCAGGCUGGUUUAAAAGGGGGGGACUGCUCUUUUCGCAUUAGGGUCAGCCGGCUUGUAAAAAAAGGGACUGUUCUUUUCAGUCAUUUGGUCAGCCUGGGUGUUGGGAAAGGGUUGGCUUUUUUUUUCGUCUUAUGGUCGGGGCUGCUGUGAAAGGAGAAGGUCCUGCUCUGUUUCAUCAUUAUGGUCAGCCUAGUUUGGUAUAGGAAAGGGGUACUGCCUUUUUCCCAGUCUUAUGGUCGCCGGCGUUAUGGAGAAGGUAUUUGCUCUUUUCACAUUGGCCCUACUUUUAUAGGGGGUACUGCUCUGUUUCAUCAUUAGGGUCACCCUGUGUUAGGAAAGGUACGCUCUGUUUCGUCUUUAGGGUCCCGGCUGUGUAGGAGACGUUGUCUUUUUCCUUCAUUUGGUCAGCCGGGCGUGUUAGGAGAAGGUACUGCUCUGUUUCGUCAUUAGGGUCACCUACUGUGAAUGGGAAAGUACUGCUCUGUUUUCAGUCUUUAUGGUCAGCCGGGCUUGUAUAGAAAACUAUGCCUUUUUUCAUCUUAGGGUCACCUUGUGUAUAGGAAAAGGUACUGCCUGUUUCUCAUUUGGCACCGGGGGCUGUUAUAGGAGAAGGACGCUCUGUUUCAGUCUUAGGUCACCGGGCGUGUAUAAAGUACUGCUCUUUUUCCCCGUAUUUGGUCACCUAGCUUGUAUGGAGAAGGUACUGCUCGUUUCUUUCAUUAUGGUCCCUGGCUGUGUUAGGAAAGGGUCUGCUCUUUUCGUCAUUAUUCAGCCUAGCGUGUAUGGGGGAAAAGGUACUCUCUUUUUCAGUCAUUAUGGUCCCUGCUGUGGGAGGAAGGUCUGCUCUGUUCGUCAUUUUUUUUUCCUAAAUGUCCUUCUCAACGGCCUUUUUGAAAUUUUUGAAUUUUUUAGGGAAAAUUUGUUUUGUGGAUUAAAAUAAAAGUAUUGUUUUUUGUGUGUGUGUGGUGUGUAGGGGUUUGUGUGGUGUGUGUUGUGUUGUGUGUUGUGUGUGGGUGUGUUGUGGGUGUGUGUGGUGUGUGUGUGUUUGUGGUGUGUGUUUUGUGUUUGGUGAAAUCCCAAAACUGUUAAAAGAAUCCUCCAUGACUUGGAUUUUUUAUUUCUGGGGCUGUGAAAUGAGGGGUGGGUGUAAACCUUUUCACUUUUUUCCCGUCUCCAUAAGAGUUCCAGAAGCCAAAAAGGGCAGGGUACCCUACUAACAGAGUUUACAUUUUAGGUUGACCCCGUCUACCACCCAGCGGGCGGGGGAUCCCCCACGCUGUCGGGGGACGGAAGAUACUGCUAUGUUGGGGCGUACGGGAACAUCAACACCCCCCAAAAGCCCCAAACAUUUUUACUCACCACCCCUGAUUGAUCCAUUGUUUGAUUGUUUGAUUGUUUGAUUGAAUGUAUUAGUACAUAUAUCAAUUUUAAAAAGCACCGGGGUGCUCCACCAGAACAUUACUUUUAAAAAUUAUGGAGGAUUAAAACCCAAUAACGCCCGAAGGCUUAUAUCUAUUGUGGUCCCCCUGUACUGUCCCCCUGUAUGCCCCCCUUUUUUCCCCCUGUAUUUCCCCCUGUACUGUCCCCCUGUCGUCCCCCUGACGGGCCCCCGUACUGGCCCCCUUAUUUUCCCCCUUCUUUCCCCCCCUGUACGCCCCCCUUUUACUUCCCCCUGACUGGCCCCCUUACUGGCCCCCUGACGGGGCCCCCUGUACUGCCCCCCCUUACUGCCCCCCCUUACUGUCCCCCUUUCGGGGCCCCCUGUAUUUGGCCCCCUGACUGUCCCCCUGUCGUCCCCCUGUACUGCCCCCGUCUGUCCCCCGUACGGCCCCCUGUCGCCCCCUGUACUGUCCCCCUGACGGGCCCCCCCGUACGUCCCCCCUGUACUGUCCCCCUGUACUGUCCCCCUGUACUGUCUGCCCCCGUACUGUCCCCCCGACGGUCCCCCUGACUGCCCCCUGUACUGGCCCCCUGUACUGUCCCCCUGUUGGCCCCCUGCGGGCCCCCUGUACUGCCCCCCCUGUACUGUCCCCCUGUCUGUCCCCCCCCUGUACGUCCCCCUGAAAUUUCCCCCUGACUCCAUAGCUCUGUGUGUUAUUGGUUCUGCUUGAAGGGUUCUAUCUUUUAAUCCCCCAUCAUUGCCAAAAGCCAAUUUUUGAAAAGGCUAAUUUUUUUUUAACGCUUCUUAUCAAACAGACUUUGGAUACCAAAAUACCACCGGGCCUAAAACCCUGAAAAACCCCCUUUUGCUCAGAGUCCAGCUUUUUCCCAGAAAAGGGGGGGACCCAUCGUCCUCAUACAGACAGACCAGCCACAUCACCGGUGACCACACCCUCAAACUCCAAAAAUCACACUGACGCACACACCCAGUAAGUGAGACCAUACCUCUCUCCUCUCCUCUCUACCCCACAGUACCUCUCCCCUCUCCUCUCCCCCACAUCCCCUCCUCCCUCCUCUCACCCACAGUCCCCCUCCCCUCCCUCUCUACCCAACAUACCUCUCCCUUCCUCUCUCCCCCACGCCCCCUCCCCUCCUCCCCCCCCUCCCCUCUUCCCCCUACCCCCAGACCCUCUCCCUCCUCUCUACCCCCCCAUACCCCCUCCUCUCUACCCCCGUACCCCCCCCCUCCCUCUCCCCCCUCCUCCCCCCUCCCCCCAAGACCCCUCUCCCCCUUCACCCCCCCCCCCCUCUCCCCCCUACCCCACAUACCCCCUCCUCUCUACCCCCCGUACCCCCUCCCCUCCUACCCCCAUACCCCUCCCCCUCUCACCCCACAGACCCCCCUCCCCUCUCACCCCACCGACCCCCCCCCCUCUCCUCUCUACCCCCACAUACCCCUCCCCCUCCUAACCCCCCACAGCCCCCUCCCCUCCCUCCCCCCCAACAGAAACCCCGGGUCUCCUCCCCCCCCCAAGACCCCUCCUCCUACCCCCGCCCCCUCUCCUCCCCCACCCAACAGACCCCCCUCUCCUCUCCCCCCUCUCCCCCCGUACCCCCCCUCCUCCCUCUCUACCCCACAUACCCCCCCCCCCCCAAAGGGACCCCCUCCUCUCCCUCCCCCCCGUACCCUCCCCCCUUCUCCCCCCACAUAACCCCCCCCCUCAAACCCCACAGUAACCCUCCUCCCUUCCCCAGACCCUCUCCCUCCCCACCCCACAGUCCCUUUCCUCCUCCCUCUCCCCCCCCACGACCCCCCCUCCUCUCCCCACCCCACGACCCUCUCCUCCCCCCCCACCCCCUUCCCCCCCCCCAAACCCCCUCUUCCCCCUUUUAAACCCCACAACCCCUCCCUCCACCCCCAGUACCCCCCCUCCCGCCUCCCCCUCCUCCCCUCCCCCAGCCCCCUCCCCCCUCCCCCCCCUCCCCUCCUCCCUCUCUCCCCCCACAUCCCUCUCCCUCCUCUCUACCCCCAUACCCUCUCCCUCCCCCUUACCCCACAGUACCCUCCCCCCACCCUCCCUCCCUCUUUUUACCCCACAUACCCCUCCCUCCCCCCCCCCCCACAUACCUCCUCCCCUACCCCCGUACCCUCUCCCCUAACCCCCCACAGUACCCCCUCCCCUCCUCCCCCCACAAAACCCCUCUCCCUCAACCCCCCAGUACCCUCCCCCCUCUACCCCCAGACCCCCUCCUUCCCUCCCCACAGUACCUCCCCCUCCCCCCCCCUCCCCCCCCCUCCUCCACCCCACAGUCCCCCUCUCCUCUCCCUCUACCCCACAUACCCCCCCUCUCCCCUCUCCCCCCAAAAGUACCCCCUCCUCUCCUCCAACCCCACAGACCCCCUCUCCUCCUCCCCCCACAGUACCCUCUCCUCCCCUCCCCCCAACCCUCCCCCCUCCACCCACAGUACCCCUCUCCUCUCCCCCAAAACCCCCAGACCCCUCCCUCCUACCCCACAAAAACCCCCUUCCUCUCCUCCUACCCCCCACUUUCCCCCCCCCUCCUACCCCACAGACCCCUCCCUCCCCUCUCCCCCACAUACCCCCCCUCCUCUCUACCCCCCCACAGUCCCCCUCUCCCUCCCCUACCCACAGACCCCCCCCUCUCCUCUCUACCCCACAGUACCCCUCCCCCCUCCACCCCACAAAACCCCCCCCCUCCUCUCUACCCCACAGACCCUCCCCUCCCUCCCCCCUACCCCCAUCCCCUCUCCCUCCUCUCACCCCAAGUCCCCCCCCCCUCCCCUACCCACAUUUUCCCCCUCCCUCUCCCCUUCCCCACAGUACCCCCCCUCCCCCACCCCAGGACCCCCCCCUCCUCUCUCCCCCCCCCACAGACCCCCCUCCCCCUCCUCCUCCCCCAUACCCCUCCCUCCUCUCUACCCCACGUCCCCCUCCCCCCCUCCCCCCCCCCCCCUUUCCCCCCCCACAGCCCCCCCUCUCCCCUCCCCCCACAUUACCCCCCCUCUCUCCCCCACAUACCCCCCUCCCCCUCUCUACCCCAGUACCCUCCCCUUCCUCCAAAACCCCCCACAUACCUCUCCCCUUUCUCCUCUCUACCCCCAUACCCCCCCUCCUCUCUACCCCCAGAAACCCCUCUCUCCCCCCCCCCCCUCCUCUCUCCCCCCACAUAACCCUCUCCUCCCCUCACCCCCACAGCCCCUCUCUCCUCUCCUCCUCCCCCCACAGUACCCCCCCCCCCUCCACCCCCAAUACCCUCUCCCUCUCUCCCCCCAGCCCUUUUCCCCCCCCCCCUCCCCCUCUCUCUUCCCCACAUACCCCCUCUCCUCUCCCCCUUCCCCCCCGUACCCCCUCUCCUCCCCCCCCCCAAGAACCCCCCCCCUCUCCUCCUCCCCCCACAGUACCCCCCCCUCUCCCCCCCCACGACCCCCCUCUCCUCCUACCCCACAACCCCCCCCUCCUCUCACCCCACAGUACCCCUCCCUCUACCCCCAGCCCCCCCUCCCCCCCCCCCUCCCUCACCCCACAUUCCCUCUCUCCUCCUCCCCCCCCUCCCCCUCCCCCCCACCCCACGUACCUCUCCCCCCCCCCCCCACAGACCCCUCCCCUCUCACCCCCAGACCCCCUCCUCCACCCCACACCCCUCCCCCCUCCUCCCCCACAGUACCCUCUCCUCCCCCUCCCCCCACAGUCCCCUCCCCCCCUCCCUCCCUUUUUCCCCCACAGACCCCUCCCUCCCCCCCCCUCCUCUCUCCCUAACCCCACAGACCCCCCUCCCUCUCCCCCACAUACCCCCCCCCUCUUCCCCCUCUCCUCUCUACCCCCACAGUCCCCCUCCCCUCCCCCUUCACCCCCAGUCCUCCUCCUCUCCCUCACCCCACAAAAACCCCCCCUCUCCUCCCCCCCUACCCCCCCCUUUCCCUCUCCCCCCCCCCCUCCCCUCCUACCCCACGUAUUUUUCCCCUCUCCUCUCUCCCCCAGAAAACCCUCCCCCUCCCCCAAAAAAACCCCUCCCCCUCUACCCCAGUACCCCCCCUCUCCUCUCACCCACAUCCCCCUCUCCCCCCCCGCCCUCUCUCCUCUCCUCCCCCCCACAUACCCCCCCUCCCCCUCUCUACCCCCAAAAACCCCCUCUCCCCUCCCCACCGUACCCCCCCCCCCUUCCCCUCUCCCCCCACAGUCCUCCCCCUCCUCUAAAACCCCACUCCCUUCUCCUCUCCUCUCUACCCCCAGUCCUCUCCCUUCCUCCCCACAACCCCCCUCCUACCCCCCUUUCCCCCCCUCCCCCCCCCCCCUCCCCCCCCCCCUACCCCCCUCCCUCUCCCCCCAAACCGUAACCUCCCCUCCCCCCUAACCCCCCACAGAAACCCCCUCUCCUUCCCUCUCCCCCACUACCCUCCCCCUCUCCUCUCUCCCCACAUACCUCUCCCCUCUCCUCUUCUCCCCCCCACAGUACCCCUCCCUCCCCCCCCCCAGCCCCCCCCCCUCUACCCCCAGUACCCCUCUCCCCCCCCACCCCACAACCCCCCCUCCCUCUCACCCCCCCACAUUUUACCUCUCUCCCUCCUCUCUACCCACAGUACCCCCCUCCCCCCUUCUCCCCCAAUACCCCCCCCCUCUCUCCCCCCCACAACCCCCCCUCUCCCUCUACCCCAAAACCCCCCCCCCCCCCGGGUCCCCCUCUCCUCUCUACCCCCAGUCCCCCCCCUCUCCUCUUACCCCACUACCCCCCCCCUCUCCCUCUCCCCCAAACCAAACCCCCCCCCCCUCUCCUCUUCCUUUUUACCCCCAUCCCCCCCCCCUCACCCCCCCCCAGUACCCCCCCCUCCCUCUCUACCCCACAGUACCCCUCUCCUCUCUCCCCCUACCCCCCCCUUCCCUCCCCCCAGCCCCCCUCUCCCCCCCUACCCAACCCCCUCCUCCUACCCCACAGUACCCCUCUCCCUCCCCCCCCACAGUACCCCCCCCCUCCUCUCUCCCCCACGCCCCUCUCCUCCCCCACCCCACAGUACCCCUUUUCCUCUCAAACCCCCCACAUACCCCCCUCCUCUCCUCCUCCCCCAACCCCUCCCCUCUACCCCACAUCCCCCCCUCCCCUCUCUACCCCCCCAACAUACCCUCCCUCUCCUCCUACCCACAUAACCCCCCCUCCCCCCACCCCACAGUACCCCCCCUCUCCUCUCACCCCACAGACCCUCCCCUCUCCACCCCCAAACCCCCUCUCCCUCCUACCCCACAAAAACCCCCCCCCCCCCCCCCCCCCCACGACCCCCCCCCCACCCCACAGCCCCCUCUCUCCCCCCCUCCUCUCUACCCCCAAAACCCCCCCCCCCCCCACCCCACAUACCCCCCCCCCCCCCCCCCCUCCCCUACCCCACAGACCCCCCCCCUCCACCCCACAGCCCCCUCCCUCCCUCCCCCACAGACCCCCCCCCCUUCCCCCCCACAGUACCCCUCUCCCUCCCUCUACCCACAGAAACCCCCCUCCCCCCCCUCCCCCCCCAAACCCCCCCCCUCCCCUACCCACAUACCCUCCCCCCUCUCUACCCCCAGACCCUCUCCCCCUCUCUACCCCCCUACCCCCCCCCUCCCCCCUCUCUACCCCCAGACCCCCCUCCCCCCCCUCUCCCCACGUCCCCCCCCUCUCCUCUCUACCCCCCCACAACCCCCUCCCCCCCUCUUUUCCCACGUACCCCCCUCCCCUCAACCCCACGUCCCCCCUCUCCCCCCCUCUCCCCCCUCCCCCCCCCCUCCCCCACAUAAACCCUCUCCCUCCCCUCCCCCCACUUACCCCUCCCUCCCCCCCACCCCCCUUUCCCCCCCCCUCCCCCCCCUCCACCACAACCCCCCCCCCUCUCCCCCCACAUACCUCCCCCCCCCACCCCACAGUCCCCUCCUCCCUCCCUCCCCCCUCCCCCUCCCUUCACCCCAAAACCCCCCCCCUUUCCCCCCCUCCUCCUCCUCCCCCACCCCCAGACCCUCCCCUCCUCCUACCCCCAGUACCCCUCCUCUCCCCCCCCCCCCCCACAGACCCCCCCCUCUCCUCUCUAACCCCCCCCGUAACCCUCCCCCCUUUUUACCCCCAAAUACCCUUCCUCUCCCUCUACCCCACAGACCCUCCCUCUCCCCCUCCCACCCCACAUACCCCCCUCCCUCUCCCCCCCCCACGUACCCCCUCUCCUCUCCUCUCUAACCCCCGCCCUUCCUCUCCUCUCUCCCCCACAUUAACCCUCUCCCUCUCCUCUCUCCCCACAGACCCUCUCCUCUCCUCCUACCCCACGACCCCUCUCCUCCCCCUUUAACCCCCAGUACCCCCUCCCUCCCUCUCACCCCCUACCCCUUCCCCCCCCUCUCCUCCCCCCCUUACCCCCUCCCCUCUCCCUCUACCCCCGUACCCCCCUCCCCCCCUCCCCCCAUCCCCUCCCUCCUCCUCCCCCCAUUACCCCUCUCCCUCCUCUCUUCCCCCCCCAAAAUUUUUUUUCCCCCCCCCCCCCUCCCUCCCCCCCAACCCCACAGAACCCCCCUCUCUCUCACCCACAGUACCUCCCCCCUCCCUCUCCCCCUCCCCCUCUCCCCCCCCACUCCCUCUCUCCUCUCCCCACCCACUACCCCCUCCCCCCCCUCCCUCUACCCCACCCCCCCCUUCCCCCCCCCCCCUACCCCUUUCCCCCUCUCCCCCCACAACCCCCCUCUCCUCUCUACCCACAGGACCGCUCUCUCCCUCCCCCACAGUACCUCUCUCCUCUCCUCUCUACCCCACAGUACCUCUCUCCUCUCCUCUCUACCCCACAGUACCCUAUUGAUUGACAUAGUGUUAUUCUUAUUAUAUGCUACAUUCACACUGCACUUCACGCUCCAGUCCUCUCACGCACCUCAUUACACAUGGGCUGGUUUCCUUUAUGCAUUUCACCUUAUACGUGUUGGAUAGAUGAUUUAUUCAUCACCAGGUGGCUAUUUUAAUCCUCAGGAUUCUCCUCCCACUGUAGUGUAGUCUACAUGUCAUGGUAAUUGGUGUGAACCCGGUGUGUUGUUGAAUAUUUAAAUAAAAUGUAAUAAAGAAAUGGGCAUGCUUUUUAAGAAACGUGUUUAAAGUUAUCAGUUACCAUGACUGAGGUCCAGAUAGUAAUAAUCUAAACCCUAUUUUACCCCCUCAGCGUUUGCCACAAGCUUCGGUGUCAAAGCCGUCAUGAAAACAUCAGUCCUGCUCACGUGGGAAGUGCCAGAAAACUACAAGUCCCAAGUGCCUUUCAAGGUAAGAGCCUGGCUGUUGUAUUUCAGCUCUCACAGUGAUGGAAAAUGUAACUGCAAAUGUUGUUAUUUGUCUGUGUGUGUUUGUGUUUGUUUGUUUGUUUUUGUGUGUGUGUGUGUGUGUGUGUGUACGUCUUAUGUAUGUGUCCGUGCGUGGUAGUUUAGGUAUUUUAUUAGGAUCCCCAUUAGCUGUUGCAAAAGCAGCAGCUACUCUUCCUGGGGUCCACACAAAACAUGAAUCAUGACAUACUACAGAACAUUACUAGCCUACAUAUCAAUACAUACACACAAACGAUCUAGGUCAAAUAGGGGAGAGGCGUUGUGCCGUGAGGUGUUGCUUUAUCUGUUUUUAGAAACCAGGUUCGCUGUUUAUUUGAGCAAUAUGAGAUGGAACGGAUUUUCAUGCAAUAAUGGCUCUAUAUAAUACUGUACGCUUUCUUGAAUUUGUCUUGAUUUGGGGACUGUGAAAAGACCCCUGGUGGCAUGUCCGGUGGAGUAAGUGUGUGUGUCAGAGCUGUGUGUAAGUUGACUAUACAAACAAUUUGGGAUUUUCAACACAUUAAUGUUUCUUAAUAAAAGAAGAAGUCAGUCAGUCUCUCCUCAACUCUUAACCAAGACAGACUGGCAUGCAUAGUAUUUAUAUCAGCCCUCUGAUUACAAUGAAGAGCAAGACGUGCCGCUCUGUUCUGGACCAGCUGCACCUUAACUAGGUCUUUCCUUGCAGCACUGGACCACACGACUGGACAAUCAUCAAGAUCAGACAAAACUAGAGCCUGCAGAACUUGCUUUGUGGAGUGUGGUGUCAAAAAAGCAGAGCAUCUCUUUAUUACGGACAGACCUCUCCCCAUCUUUACAACCAUUUAAUCUAUAUGUUUUGACCAUGACAGUUUACAGUCUAAGGUAACGGCAAGUAAUUUAGACUCCUCAACUUGUUCAACAGCCACAACAUUCAUUACCAGAUUCAGCUGAGGUCUAGAACUUAGUGAAUGAUGCCUGUGGCUCCCUAUGUGUCUUCCUAACACUAACCACUAUUUGACCCUGUGUGUGUGUGUGUGUGUGUGUGUGUGUGUGUGUGUGUGUGUGUGUGUGUGUGUGUGUGUGUGUGUGUGUGUGUGUGUGUGUGUGUGUGCGUAAACCUAUGUGUGUGUUGUGUGUCUUCCUAACACUAAUCACUAUUUGACCCUGUGUGUGUGUGUGUGUGUGUGUGUGUGUGUGUGUGUGUGUGUGUGUGUGUGUGUGUGUGUGUGUGUGUGUGUGUGUGUGUGUGCGCGUGUGUGCGCGUGUGUGCAUGUGUGUGUAACCCUACGUGUGUGUGUUGUGUCUCUCUCUAGAUCCUGUAUAACCAGCAGAGUGUGGAGGUACAGGGGAACCUGAAGAGGAAGCUGAUCACCAGACUACAGCCUGAUAGACACUACAGCUUCGUGUUGAUGUCCAGAGGGAACACCGCCGGGGGUCUACAGCAGCAGGUCUCCAUCAGGACCGCCCCGGACCUCCUGAAGACUAAACCUGUCCUCUACUCAAACCAGCAGAACCAGAAAGGAAAGCUCACCAUAGACUUGCCUAAAGUACAGACUACUGGUCAAGUCAGGUUAGUAUCAUUUAACUAACGACAGUGCAAUCGUGAAGUAUUCAGACCCCUUCCCUUUUUCCACGUUUUGUUAUAUUACAGGCAUAUUCUAAAAUGGAUUAAAUAUAAUUAAUAUCCUCAUCAAACUACAAAACAAUACCCCAUAGCAACAAAGCGAAAAAAAAUUUUUUUACAUAAGUAUUCAGACCUUUUGCUAUGAAGGUUCGUCUUCUAACAGGACAACGACCCAAAGCACACAGCCAAGACAAUGCAGGAGUGGCUUCGGGACAAGUCUCUGAAUGUCCUAUAGUGGCCUAGCCAGAGCCCGGACUUGAACCCGAUCGAACAUCUCUGGAGAGACCUAAAAAUAGCUGUGCAGCAACGCUCCCCAUCCAACCUGACAGAGCUUGAGAGGAUCUGCAGAGAAGAAUGGGAGAAACUCCCCAAAUACAGGUGUGCCAAGCUUGUAGCGACAUACCCAAGAAGACUUGAGGCUGUAAUCGCUGCGAAAGGUGCUUCAACCAAGAUUUGAGUAAAGGGUCUGAAUACUUAUGUAAAAACCUGUUUUUGCUUUGUCAUUAUGGGGUAUUAUGUGUAGAUUGAUGAGAAGAAAAAAAAGAUUGAAUCCCAUUUUAGAAUAAGGCUGUAAUGUAACAAAAUGUGGAACAAGUCAAGGGGUUUGAAUACUUUUCAGAAUGCACCGUGUAACUUCAACUAAUACUACUAUAUACCUGCCUAAUGUACAGACUACUGCUCAAAUCAAAUCAAAUCAAAUGUUAUUCGUCACAUACGCCGAAUACAACAGGUGUAGACCUUACAGUGAAAAGCAUACUUACAAGCCCGUAACCAACAAUGCAGUUUUAAGAAAGAAUACACAAAAAAAAUCACUAAAAGAUACAAUAUAAAAUAAUACUAAAAAUAAAAGUAACAAAUAAUUAAAGAGCAGCAGUAAAAAAUAACCAUAGCGAAGCUAUAUACGGGGGGUACCGGUACCGAGUCAAUGUGCGGGGGUACAGGUUAGUCGAGGUAAUUGGGGUAUUUGAUCCCCUGCUGAUUUUGUACGUUUGCCCACUGACAAAGACAUGAUCAGUCUAUCAUUUUAAUGGUAGGUUUAUUUGAACAGUGAGAGACAGAAUAACAACAAAAAAAUCCAGAAAAACGCAUGUCAAAAAUGUUAUAAAUUGAUUUGCAUUUUAAUGAGGGAAAUUAGUAUUUGACCCCUCUGCAAAACAUGACUUAGUACUUGGUGGCAAAACCCUUGUUGGCAAUCACAGAGGUCAGACGUUUCUUGUAGUUGGCCACCAGGUUUGCACACAUAACAUUUAACAUUUAACAUUUUAGUCAUUUAGCAGACGCUCUUAUCCAGAGCGAUUUACAGGAGCAAUUAGGGUUAAGUGCCUUGCUCAAGGGCACAUUGACAGAUUUUCACCUAGUCGGCUCGGGGAUUAGAACCAGCAACCUUUCGGUUACUGGCACAACGCUCUUAACCACUAAGCUACCUGCCGCCCACAUCUCAGGAGGGAUUUUGUCCCACUCCUAUUUGCAGAUCUUCUCCAAGUCAUAAGGUUUCGGGGCUGACGUCCCUUUGAUGCGGUGGAGUUGUCCUGUCCCCUUAGCAGAAAAACACCCCCAAAGCAUAAUGUUUCCACCUCCAUGUUUGACGGUGGGGAUGGUGUUCUUGGGGUCAUAUGCAGCAUUCCUCCUCCUCCAAACACGGGGAGUUGAGUUGAUGCCAAAGAGCUAGAUUUUGGUCUCAUCUGACCACAACACUUUCACCCAGUUCUCCUCUGAAUCAUUCAGAUGUUCAUUGGCAAACUUCAGACGGGCAUGUAUAUGUGCUUUCUUGAGCAGGGGGACCUUGCGGGCGCUGCAGGAUUUCAGUCCUUCACGGCGUAGUGUGUUACCAAUUGUUUUCUUGGUGACUAUGGUCCCAGCUGCCUUGAGAUCAUUGACAAGAUCCUCCCGUGUAGUUCUGGGCUGAUUCCUCACCGUUCUCAUGAUCAUUGCAACUCCACGAGGUGAGAUCUUGCAUGGAGCCCCAGGCCAAGGGAGAUUGACAGUUCUUUUGUGUUUCUUCCAUUUGCGAAUAAUCGCACCAACUGUUGUCACCUUCUCACCAAGAUGCUAGGCGAUGGUCUUGUAGCCCAUUCCAGCCUUGUGUAGGUCUACAAUCUUGUCCCUGACAUCCUUGGAGAGCUCUUUGGUCUUGGCCAUGGUGGAGCAUUUGCAAUCUGAUUGAUUGAUUUCUUCUGUGGACAGGUGUCUUUUAUACAGGUAACAAACUGAGAUUAGGAGCACUCCCUUUAAGAGUGUGCUCCUAAUCUCAGCUCGUUACCUGUAUAAAAGACACCUGGGAGCCAGAAAUCUUUCUGAUUGAGAGGGGGUCAAAUACUUAUUUCCCUCAUUAAAAUGCAAAUUAAUUUAUAACAUUUUUGACAUGCGUUUUUCUGGAUUUUUUUGUUGUCAUUUAGGCAGGUUACCUUAGUGUUCUUGGGCACAGGGACUAUGGUGGUCUUCUUGAAACAUGUUGAUAUUACAGACUCAGACCUGGAGAGGUUGAAAAUGUCAGUGAAGACACUUGCCAGUUGGUCAGCGCAUGCUCGAGUAUACAACCUGGUAAUCCGUCUGGCCCUGUGGCCUUCUGAACGUUGACCUGUUUAAAGGUCUUACUCACAUCGGCGUCGGAGAGUGUGAUCACACAGUCGUCCAGAAAAGCUGAUGCGCUCCUGCAUGUUUCAGUGUUACUUGCCUCGAAGCAAGCAUAGAAGUAAUUUAGCUCGUCUGGUAGGCUCGUGUCACUGGGCAGCUCGCGGCUGUGCUUCCCUUUGUAGUCUGUAAUAGUUUGCAAGCCCUGCCACAUCCGACGAGCGUCAGAGCCGGUGAAGGACGAUUCGAUCUUAGUCCUGUAUUGACUCUUUGCCUGUUUGAUGGUUUGUCGGAGGGCAUAGCAGGAUUUCUUAUAAGCUUCCGGGUUAGUGUCCCGCUCCUUGAAAGCGGCAGCACUACCCUUUAGCUCAGUGCGGAUGUUGUCUGUAAUCCAUGGCUUCUGGUUGGGGUAUGUACGUACGGUCACUGUGGGGACGACAUCAUCGAUGCACUUAUUGAUGAAGCCUGUGACUGAUGUGGUGUACUCCUCAAUGCCAUCAGAACAAUCCCAGAACAUAUUCCAGUCUGUGCUAGCAAAACAGUCCUGUAGUUUAGCAACUGCUUCAUCUGACCACUUUUUUAUUGACAGAGUCACUAGUGCUUCCUGCUUUAGUUUUUGCUUGUAGGCAGGAAUUAGGAGGAUAGAAUUAUGGUCAGAUUUGCCAAAUGGAGGGCGAGGGAGAGCUUUGUACUCAUCUCUGUGUGUGGAGUAAAGGUGGACUAGAGUUUUUUUUCCCCCUCUGGUUACACAUGUGACAUGCUGGUAGAAAUGAGGUAAAACGGAUUUAAGUUUCCCUGCAUUAAAGUCCCCGGCCACUAGCUCAUUGAGUGCAGUCUUAGUGCCAACAUCGUUUUGUGGUGGUAAAUAGACAGCUAUGAAAAAUAUAGAUGAAAACUCUCUUCGUAGAUAGUGUGGUCUACAGCUUAUCAUGAGAUACUCUACCUCAGGCGAGCAAAACCUUGAGACUUCCUUAGAUAUCGUGCACCAGCUGUUGUUUACAAAUAUACACAAACCGCCACCCCUUGUCUUACCAGAGGCUGCUGUUCUAUCCUGCCGAUACAGUGUAUAACCUGCCAGUUGUAUGUUAUUCAUGUCGUCAUUCAGCCACGACUCGGUGAAACAUAAGAUAUUACAGUUUUUAAUGUCCCGUUGGUAGGAUAUACGUGCUUGUAGUUCGUCCACUUUGUUAUCAAGCGAUUGUACGUUGGCCAAUAGUACAGAUGGCAAAGGCAGAUAGCCGCUCGUCGCCGGCUCCUUACCAGGCACCCCGAUCUCCUUCCGCGAUAUCUCCGUCUCUUUCUACUGAAUGACGGGGAUGAGGGCCCUGUCGGGCGUCUGGAGCCUAAUCCCUCUCGUCUGAUUCAUUAAAGAAAAAUUAUUAGUCCAGUUCAAGGUGAGUAAUCGCUGUUCUGAUGUCCAGACGCUCUUUUCGGGCAUAAGAGAUGGUAGCAGCAACAUUAUGUACAAAAUAAGUUACAAACAAUGCGAAAAAACAAACAAAAAAAUAGCACGGUUGGUUAAGAGCCCAUAAAACUGCAGCCAACCCCUCCGGCAGCUACUCUUCCUGGGGUUAGUAGUACUAAUGUACAGACUACUGCUGAAGUCAGGUUAGUAGUACUAAUGUACAGACUACUGCUGAAGUCAGGUUAGUAGUACUAAUGUACAGACUACUGCUGAAGGCAGGUUAGUAGUACUAAUGUACAGACUACUGCUGAAGUCAGGUUAGUAUGAUAUCGGGCCAAAUCUGACUAAUGAAGUAGCCCAAACUCUUUGUAGACAGCAAACUGAGAAAGCAAAUGAUCCUUGUACCAUCUGAGAAGUCCAUUCCUCUACUGCAGCACUAGCAAAUUGCCAAUACUUUUUACCUUCUUUUGCAAUCGGGGACAUUUUGGUCGAAUUGCCCCAAAAUUCCCCAACCUAAGAACUCAAAACUUCCAAAUGGCACCCUAUUCCCCCCCGUAGGGCUCUGGUCAAAGUAAUUCACUAUGUAGGGCAUAGGGUGCUAUUUGGGAGGCAGUCCAGGAGUGGUUGGUUAGAACUGUUAGAUCCUUCCUCUCACACUGCUCUCCCAGUCGCCACGGCAACCGAGGUCAGAGCUGGGAGCAGCACCCUGAUUGGUAAAAAGAUUACUGUGCUGCAGAGCACGUUCGAGGCUCACAAGCGUGCACACACAUAAACACACACACGACAGAGGCUUACACACACACACACACACACACACACACUGUGAGGCUGGGUUCAGAUUGACAGUGUAACUGCAGCUGGUUAUUGAGUAAUAGGUAUCUUGUAGAGUGGUCUUCUACCACUCUGAGACGAACAGAUAGACGGAUCACACUGCUGCAGCAGAAAGGAUCAGGAAGGGAGAGGAGAGGGGAGGGGGAGAGGAGGAGAGGGGAGGAGAGGAGAGAAGAGGGGGGAGGAGAGGAGAGGAGAGGAUAGAAGAGGAAAGGGAAGGAGAGGAGAGGGGGAGGAGGGGAGGAGAGGAGAGGAGAGAAGAGGGGCAGAGGAGGAGAGGGGAUGAGAGGAGAGGAGAGGAUAGAAGAGGAGAGGGGAGGAGAGGAGAGAUGAGGGGGGAGAGGAGAGAAGAGGAGAGGCUAGAAGAGGAGGAGGAGAGGGGGGAGAGGGGGAGAGGAGAGGGGAGGGAGAUGAGGAGGAUGUGGAGGGAGGCAGAGGAGAGGAGAGGAGAGGAGAGGAGAGGAGAGGAGAGGAGAGGAGAGGAGAGGAGAGGAGAGGAUAGGAGAGGAGAGGGAGAGAGAAGGAGAAGGGAGGAGAGGAGAGGAGAGGAGGAGACCGUUUAAAAAAUGCUUGCUAUUUCCUCAUAGAGGAUGAUGUGAUCUGGCCAAUCCGCGGUCUACUCACAUUCAUAUUUUUCAUACCAUUCCAACACAGAAAAGCUGCUUUUAACAUACUUAAUAAAUAAAAAAUUGGAAGUAAAACUAUGUUACUCACAUUAUGAAAAUACCAAAUUCAAGCUGCAAGAAACACAGUGUAUUUCAGUUUUGUUGACUGUUCUGCGGUGGUCAAUAAAUGUCAUGUAAAUGUUGUGGUGUGUGUUCUCAGAUGGUACUAUAUCGUGGUGGUGCCGGUGUCCCAGUCGUCGUCACGGCUAUGGGAGAACCCUGACGAGAUGGACCUGGAGGAGGUGAGUCGUUGUAUUAGUAGCAUCUAUUGGUGCAGUAGCCCCAACAUCAAGGUUGUCAAUGGAAACCCCCCGUACAAGAACUUCAUUUAAAUAAACUCUAGAGCACUGUGUAGGGAAUAGGGUACCGUUUGGGACGCAGCUUCUGAAGCAGUGGAAAAAGGACAACAUCUACCUACUCCACUGACCUCUCCCUGAACUUCAACCUUUAACCUCUAACCUCGAAACCCUGUCCUCAGCUGUUGGAGUCUGACGAGGGUCCUGUCCUGCGUCGGCGGCGGCAGGUUGAACCCACCCGGCCAUACAUCGCUGCCAAGCUGGCCUCCCUGCCUGCUACGUUCACCCUGGGAGAUGAGAAGAGCUACAACGGCUUCUUCAACCGCCCCCUGCCCAGUCACCAGCGGUAUCUGGCCUUCGUUCUGGCUGCACUGAAAGAGCAAGAGCAGGAUAACAGCGACAGACAU